CUUGAGCCGAAUGUAAAUGCGAACGACGAGUAUUUUGGCCAGGGCUCUUACGAUUAUUAUUAUUAACCCACGUAUUAUCCUAUCCCCAAUAAAUCAAUUCAAACUUCAACCCUAAGUAAUUCCAAAACCAGAAAAUCAAAACGCUGAAUUUCUUAUUGGAAAACAACUCAAAUUCUCGAUCUAUCAAACCCACAUCUCAAGAUAUCAAAAGGCCAAAAUUUUUUUACACGGAUAUAUAUAAAUAAUCGUGUGCACAUAUAUAUUUUUUUGUUUAUGAUUUAACAUGUACAGUAAUUUCAAGGAGCAAGCGAUCGAGUAUGUGCGGCAGGCAGUGGCGGAGGACAAUGCGGGGAACUACUCCAAGGCCUUCCCUCUGUAUAUGAAUGCUUUGGAGUAUUUUAGGACCCAUUUAAAGUAUGAAAAGAACCCAAAAAUAAAGGAGGCGAUUACUCAAAAGUUUACGGAGUACUUGCGCAGGGCGGAGGAGAUCCGGGCCGUUUUGGAUGAGGGCGGGUCGGGGCCAGCGUCUAAUGGGGAUGCGGCUGUGGCUACUCGGCCCAAGACCAAGCCGAAGGAUGGGAACGACGGGGAGGAUGCGGAUAAGGAGAAGCUGAGGUCUGGGUUGAACUCGGCUAUUAUCAGGGAGAAGCCUAAUAUUAAGUGGAAUGAUGUAGCUGGAUUGGAAAGCGCUAAACAGGCGCUCCAGGAGGCCGUCAUCUUGCCCGUCAAGUUCCCUCAGUUUUUCACUGGUAAGAGGCGCCCAUGGAGGGCUUUCCUUUUGUAUGGUCCACCUGGAACAGGAAAGUCAUAUUUGGCUAAGGCUGUUGCUACCGAAGCUGACUCGACCUUUUUCAGUGUUUCUUCUUCAGACUUGGUUUCAAAGUGGAUGGGUGAAAGCGAGAAGCUAGUUUCAAAUCUCUUCCAAAUGUCUCGUGAAAGUUCUCCUUCCAUUAUAUUCAUCGAUGAAAUAGAUUCCCUUUGUGGCCAACGCGGAGAAGGAAAUGAGAGUGAAGCUUCUAGAAGAAUAAAAACGGAACUGCUUGUGCAGAUGCAGGGGGUUGGCCACAAUGAUGAUAAAGUUCUUGUACUUGCUGCCACAAACACUCCUUAUGCUCUUGAUCAGGCUAUCCGGCGACGAUUCGAUAAGCGUAUUUACAUACCUCUCCCAGAUCUGAAGGCACGGCAACACAUGUUCAAGGUGCAUUUGGGAGAUACCCCUAACAAUUUGACCGAGAGAGAUUUUGAAAACCUGGCUCGUAAAACUGAAGGAUUCUCUGGUUCAGAUAUUUCUGUCUGUGUUAAGGAUGUCCUAUUUGAGCCUGUACGGAAGACGCAAGAUGCCAUGUUUUUCAUCAAGACUUCUAACGGUAUGUGGAUGCCAUGUGGACCAAAGCAAUCAGGUGCCGUCCAGAUAUCAAUGCAAGAGCUUGCUGCUCAAGGACUUGCUUCACAGAUCGUUCCACCUCCGAUAUCAAAAGUGGACUUUGAUAAGGUUCUUGCAAGACAGAGGCCAACGGUGAGCAAAGCUGACCUUGACGUUCAUGAGCGUUUCACAGAGGAGUUCGGCGAGGAAGGGUGAGAAAGUCGAGGUGCAUAGCUGCUACUAUUCAUGCAAUUGCUGGCAUUUGUAUUUUAUGUGUUUCUACUGUUUUCAAACAUAAACCGCCUCUUUAGGCAGGAAAGUGACAUGACUGCCGCUUUCCCUCGUAUCGAGCUGGAAAAUGAGCUGACUUCUCAAAUUGCCUUUACUAAUUUGUGUACAAGCGCGAAGAAUAUUGCCUGAAAACGAUGUUAAUAUUUAUGGAUGUGCAAUUCUGGUUGCAAAUAUCAAAGAUUUGUUCCAUCAUAAUUAAGCUAUGAAGGCUUUGUCC